AUGAAAUACUUGAAUGUUCCAAUUAUAUGUGCGGCAGUGGCAUUUGGCCUUUUGGGCUCAGCCAAAGGGCUGGACGAGAGUCUUAUUGCAACUGUUGACGACUUACCUUCUUUCAUUAAAGACUACCAGCUUCAUGCAAGCGACCUUAGUGCGGCAGAAAGGGCAAAUCGAUUAUCGAAUAUCACGUCCAUGUUGCACCUUGGUAGCUUACCUGGAGGCUUGAUCGCCUUUUUCUCAAGUCAUUUCAUUGGUCCACUAUGGACCAUGCGGCAGCUAUGUACGCUUUGGAUUAUUGGAAUGGUAGUUUUCCUUACAUCUGCAGGUAAUCUGAAGCAGUGUAUUGCCGGUCGGUUUGUUAUGGGUCUGGGAGUAGGUCAGGCUGGCGUUGUAGGGCCAAUCUACUUAGCCGAGGUGGCACCGAUAUCAUCGCGGGGCCUGUUAGUUGGGGCUUAUGCAUCAUCUGAGUACAUAGGCGUUUUGAUUGGUUACUUUGCCGGUUAUGGUGCCUCACUUCACAUAUCCAAUCAUACCAGCGCACAGUGGGUUCUGCCGGAAAGCAGCCAACUCAUUAUGGCGAUCGUCUUACUCGUUUUCUCAAUCGGAUGUGUUGAGAGUCCGAGAUACUCGGUCUACAGUGGCCACACAUCACACGCUACCCAAAGCCUAGCCAAGCUGUGGGGGUUGAGCCCAGAGAAUCCCCGAGUUGUUGAAGGGGUGAAAUAUCUAGAAGAUGAAAUGGCGACAAAGUUCUCCACGAGCAAGUCAGCGUGGUCUUGGUUAGAGCCAUGGAAGUUGCUUUUCGGGCAGACUGCCAAUAUUUAUCGAUUAUAUCAAUGGUCGGGAACAAACGCCAUUACAACUUAUGCGCCUAAAUUUUUCGACCUGCUCAAUGUGACGGGCAAAUCUGAGACACUAUUGAAGACGGCUAUUUUCGGAGUCGUGAAAUUGGUCACUGCAAUUACAAGCGCACUUUUCUUCAUAGAUCGCAUUGGAAGGAAACGUACUCUUUUAUUCGGAAUUAUCCUGCAGCUUCUUGCUCUGCUCUAUGUUUCGAUAUUCAUUACCGCCUGGGAUGCCCAAGGCGAGCCUCAGUCCGGCAAUGCACUUCGAGCAGCGAUUGGUGCCGUUGCGGCGAUUUACGUCACAGGAAUUGGCUAUGCUUUUGGAUGGAACUCUAUCCAAUAUCUGAUUAAUGCCGAAAUACUCCCUUCGCCUGUCCGUACUCUUGGGACAAGCCUCCUAAUGUGUAUCCAUUACGCCAAUAAGUUUGCUCUAGUCAAGGUCCUCCCGAGCAUGAUGUUAGUAGAUGCCUUGCAGCCAAUCGGCACAUUUUGGUUCUUUUUUGCUGUUGCUUUGAUAGGCUUGGUGUGGGGUAUUCUCUGGUUGCCAGAAACUUCGCGUAGAAGUCUGGAGGAAACAAGCGAGACAAUUCCCAAAGUCACAUCUGUUUCCAUUGUUUUCCAAGGUUGUCACUGGCUGGUAUGCAUUAAACUAGUCGUUGGAUACUUUGAGCAAACAGAAGGUCGCGGACUCGCGGGACAGGGCUCCAGUCUAAAGACGACUUCCAGUUGGGCCAUCUGCGCCUCCAAUCCUUCGCUCAGCCCUAAAAUAGAUGGAUUGUCAAGUGGAGGUGAAAACUUCGGAAUUAGUGAUGAAUACCUAGAUACCGUUGAAUUAUCUUUAUGCUAUAUAUAUUAG